AUGAGUGGGUGGAUACUGUGGAGUGUGUUGUCGAACACAGCGAGAGUCUCGACUGUCCUCCAGAUUCUGCUCUAUCUCCCCCUCACCCUCGCCACCCUCUCCACCCCCGCAUUCCUCCUCCUCUCCCUCCUCCUCUCCACCCACUCCCUCAUACAUGGCUCCCUCCUCCUCCUCUUCAACUCCCCCGCCCUCUCCGUCCUCCAGGUACCCAUGCACCCCUUCCUCCUCCUCCUCUCCUUCAACGCAUUCGCACAAGCUCUCCCCCACAAAGCACUCCCAACCCUCACCGCCUCCUGGGGCUCCAUCCUCAGCGUCGCAGGCCCCCUCUUCAUCACCAUGGAAGGCCUCUCCAGUCUCCUCGCUGCCCAAAAGCUAGGCCAGAAGGGCACCCAGCUCGCAGACGAACGGGAGGGCUACCAGUUUGCCUUGUUGAUCGCAUCCGCAGCAGCCUAUGUCGUCGCCGCCUGGUGGAUCGUCGUCGCCUACCCGCUGACCGCCUCCACGCCCCUCGCCUCCACCUUUCUCGGCGUCGCCUUGACCGCCUUCAUCUUCCUCUCCCUCAUCGGCUUCGCCCUCCGCCGCACAAACAUCAUCGAGUCCUCCGUCCUCGCCCUCUUCCUCGCCUACAACGUCUGGCUCGCCGGCUUUCACAGGGUCUCCUUUCCCGAUACCGCGUCCUCCUACGCCCCCCUCCUCUCCAACAUCCUCCCCCACCUCCAAACCCUCCUCAACUUUAUCACAAACACCCUCCCAAAACCCGUCCUCAUCGCCCUCCUCUACAGACUCGCCGUCCUCCACUUUGCGUCCCGCAUUCUGCCCACCAUCGGCGCGGACAGCUGGGCGCUGGAGAGCGAGGGCGACGAGGGCGGGUGGGCGGAUGCCAGGCCGACGUCGAUCUUGACGCGCGUGUUGUUGACCUAUAGACAGCUGAUUUUCGUCAUGGUCUAUUCGCAUUUGCUGCUCCUAGACCCCUCCUCCCAGAUCUGGUGGAGGUGGAUGAACAUCUUCUUCACCCUCGUUCUCUGGUCCGUCGAGCUCCUCGUCGGGGGCGAGGGCGAUGAGAUGGGGAAGUGGAAGGUGGAGUGA